AAUUUUUUUACUCGUUUCUACCGGUAGAUAAUCCCAUCAUCAGUUUCAAAAAUAAUUUAAACUACCAUUAUUGUCACCAUGAGCAACUGGGUUCGAAAGAAAAAUGACCAACAUACCAGCGACAUAGAACCAGAGUCAACGGAAACAUUUGAAUCAGACGAUGAGGAGGAGUACGACGAAGACGAAGACAUUGAAGACAUCUCGUUUUGGAGGGAACACGGACUGGCAAUUUUAGUCGCCUUUGCUGCAUCAAUCAUUGUUCAUUUUCACAAUCAAAACUUGAUAUCUUUAUCGGGAUUUUUAAACCGGCUCCCGUUCGGAACAAAUAGUGAGAGACACAGUCAUCUGGACGGGUUUUCGAGAAUGGCAAAUGUCAGCUUUUGUCGGCAACGAAUUCAACCACCGGCCUCGGAAAGAUUGAAUUCGAUGGAUUUUUACAUCCCUCGUGAUCAUUUCGAAUCGUUGCUGACAUUUUACGUCGCAGAUCUGGAUGAAGACGAUUACUACGCCAAUACGGAUAUCGCCGUUUCAAGUAGCAGGAAGGAAGACCUUGGCGCCCGUUUGAAGGAUAACAAGGAAUUCGAAUGCCUUUCUGAACAACAUCACAUCAAUCCUACUGACAAAAAAUUGAAGGGCACAACUUACUUUUACAAAGACCCAACGCUCGAAGAAAUCUAUCCUGAACUAAUGAAGGAAAAUACUACACCUAACUUGAGUAUGGUGAAGAAAUCAUCGAACGAAAGAAAAAGACAACUGGAACAGCCUCCACUUAGAUUUACUGGAUUUGCCGCAAAAUUUGUGAAUCUUGACACCGAUCCCGUACUCUUAUAUUGGGAUGGAAAAGGUGGACACGAAAGUUCUAGAAAGCUUGUAGGUGAGAUUCCCCCAAUGGAGUCGAUUGGCACGGCAACAAUGCCAGGACAUUCAUUCCAUGUUACUCCAAUAUAUGAUCCUUCUACAGUCCUUAACCAUUGGGUUGUGACACUAGAUACAGCUCUUGUGUUUUAUGAACCAAAAAGUGCAACGGAAAUGAAACAUACCCUGAAAGCAAAAGACCCUAAGUCUUAUGCAAUGUAUCAGAGACAGAUGGUCAACAAAGCCUUUUCCAGAGAUUAUACGAUUAUCAGUGGACGCACAUGGCUUGGACAUUUUCCCAGACCAUUUCCCUUGCAUUAUAUGCACGAAGCUUCUUUUAUUGGCCAAGAGCAUCAAGUUGGCGGUAUGACGUUGAAGGUGGCAUCGGUAAGACCGCGCGUCUUCACGAUAGAAAACUUUUUGACAUCGGAGGAAUGUGAAGAAGUAGUUCGACUUAGCUUAGAGCAAGGCCUUACGGAAUCGACAUUGCAUUCAAGCCCACAAGCAACACAGAAUCGCGAUGUUUCAACUCGUAGCUCGAGUAACGCUUGGUUGUCUAGAGAAACUAGCUCGCUAACAAAAAUGAUUUUCGAGAAAACAGCCGAGUUGACGAAGAUCGACAGACACCUAUUUCAGAAAUUCCAUGAAUCUAAUGCCAAGCGUCAUUCGAUCGCUGAAUCGUUGCAGGUUGUACGAUACAAAAAAGGAGAGGAAUAUACGCCACACCAUGAUUUUGUAUCUCCUUCUAUCAACAGUCGCCAUCAACCGUCGAGGUUUGCAACCCUAUUAAUUUAUCUUAAUGAUGUGGACGAAGGAGGAGAAACACGAUUUCCUCGAGCUGUUAACAAUUACAAUGCGGAGGGCUUGGAAAUCGUGCCGAAGACUGGGAAAGCUGUUCUUUUUUACAACACAUUAGAGGACGGAAAUCUGGAUGAUUUAUCUCAACAUGGAGGAAACAAAGUCCUUGCCGGCAACAAAUGGUUGGCGAAUUUAUGGGUACGUGACUCCCAACCGCCUCUUUUACCAGCUCUUCAGAUUUUGUCGUCGCAAAAUUGGAUUGGAUUGUCUCUAACUUUUUCUCUUUUGCCGCUUGUUUUCGCAGAUCUGGGACCCCGUGAUCGGAUGAUUUUGAUGCAAGAAUUCUUCGCGAUCAUCGUAAUUUGAGGGCAAAAAAAUAUGAAAAACAUCUACCUUUAUUAACGUG